AUGCCUAGGAAGAAGAAAGCCGCCGAGGGCAAGAAGGACAGCCCGCUGGGAGGUUCUUCUACCGUUUCAUCAACGGCCAGCGCUUCUGCUUCUCCGAGCCACCAGGAGCAAAAGCCACAAGGAUCUUCGUCUGUGCCCAAAGCUACCAAACCGCCGCCCGCAGAGCCGUCUACUUCUGCUCUCAUCAUCUGUCGCAACAAACACUGGCGGUACAUAUCGUCCUUCCAUGGGCCAUGGCUCCAGCUGCCCCCCGAGAUACUUGAAAGCCUGGCAUACAGCAACUAUGCCACUCCACAGCCACAGCCCAUCCACCCGGCGGUCUUCUUUGACCUCAUCAAGAUCCGUCAGCUGGUUGAAGAAGCGACCGACCUCGCUGUCCGUGCAGCCAAUGGAACGAUAUCCUCGCCCGGGAGCUCGUCCUAUAGCUCGGGAUAUGGCCUCCUAGGCGGUAAUGGAGGAACUUCCAUGGGUGGCUCCGGUGUGCGAGGAGCUCGAGGGGACGGUACAACAAAGUUGAGUCGAGAACGACGGCAUCGUAUGCGGGAACAUGCCACCCAGAAGUUAUCCAAGGCAUAUGCGCUCGAUGAGAUAGCUGCUAGCGUUGCCACGAUGCAGUCCACCUCUUCGCUGGAAGAAGUUGCAAAGUUGGUUCUACAGCGGAACGAGAAUGACUGCGACGCGAAAUACGUCCACUUUUUCCACGAGAAGAUCCCCUCUCGAUCGCUGGUACAGUGCACGAGUCUUAAGCCGCUAGAUGAUAUCAUUACCAUGCGGCAGUUGGACGGGGCUAUCUACAGGACUAGGGCUGUGGCAAAGAUGCUGAAGGACGACCUGCCAGGCGCAGUGAGAGACCUUACCGAUGGACUUGCGGCCUGUCGUGCCUGUAGUAGACAGCAUGAUGAAGCCAAAAAGGACGUUGAAGUGGUGACUGAUAAUAGCCGACGGAAAAUGGUGCCGUCACGGUUCACUCAGAAGAUAGAUGAAAAUGAUCAGCCGAGUGGACUAGAGAUCCAGCUGCUCUUCCAUAGAGCAGGAGUGUACUUGAGCAUUGCAUGUCAGCACAUUCACGAGGCGUUGACUGCAUACGAACAGAGCAAGGAGUCCCCAGGACCUGUCAAUGGCAAUGAUAAGAACAUCCCAGGAGUGAAAGAGAACGGUGAUGGCCCAAAAGACAGACAAGCGCAUAAACGCUGGCUGGAUGCACGGAAGGUUGUCAAGACAAAUGCGCGACGGGCUCUUCGUGACUAUCUUGCUUUCCUGUCCCUGAUCAACUAUACUCCCGGACCUACCCCGUCUACCUUAUCGGACGGCACUUUUGCAAGCCGUUACAAAAUUUACCCUGUGUCCGAUCUCUUCUCGUCCACCCCUCCUGUGGAUCUCCCCCCUUACCCUGAAGAACUCGGUUUGUUGGCCUUGCGUAAUCGACGUAAUGCUGCUCAAGCCGGAAAUCCGGACGUCUGCCACGAAGCCGUGACCUAUCACCCCCUGCUUACGGAUGCACUUCACUCCCUGUUGAUAUGCCACUCCAUCCUCCAGACGCCUGAAAAGGAGUUCGUCCGCCACGCUCAUAUGGUGGCUCGUAUCGCACGCAUCUGUGAUGGGUACCCUAUCUUCCUUGCACCCCGAUCCCCUUCUCGCUCUGACUGGAUGGAAAUCCUCUACCGCACUAAUAACUGGCUCAGGGUCAGACCAUGGGAAGAUCUCUGUGCACCCGCUCCUCUUCCUGGCCACAACCUAUACAAGAAGGCAGCGGCGGCCGAUCAAGCAGCCGUCGCAGCUGCACAGCAAGGGAUCCUCCCUGAGCCUGCACGGACAGCACCACCCCCCUCAGUCCAGGAAGCAAUGGCACACGAUUCCCAGCUGAGUAACGCUGUGUUCAAAAGAUGGGCUCAGGAUGACUCCAAGGAUUUCCCGUUCUGCACCGAGCGUGCGGUGGCUGUCUCAUGCUGGGUUCGAGUGGCUCCUGUAUCUGUGGGAACGGGCCGGAACAAAGGGAAGAAGAAUGCUGGCAGUGGUAAGAGCGAGGCACCGAAAAGUGACGACUUCUGGAGUGAGGAGAAUCAGAUACUCGCUGAUGAGAAAGCAGUUGAUGCCGCUAUUCGAAAUUUAACCGUUGGCUAG